AUGGAUACUUUAAUUCCCGUUCUCAACAAGCUUCAGGAUGUCUUCCAAAGGGUUGGUCAUGACAGUAUCGAUCUUCCACAGAUUGUCGUCGUUGGUUGCCAAUCAUGCGGUAAAUCAUCCGUUCUCGAAUCCUUAGUUCAGAAGGAUUUCCUUCCUCGUGGUUCCGGCAUUGUCACAAGAAGGCCUCUUGUUCUCCAGCUUGUUCACAAUGAUGGAGAUCAAAAACCAAAAGAAUUCGCAGUUUUCAAUCAUAAACCAGAUGAAAUCUUUACCAAUUUCGAUAAAGUUCGCCAAGAAAUUGAGGAUGAAACAGAUCGUCUCUGCGGUUCUAACAAAGGUGUUACAGAUGCUCCAAUCAAUCUUCGCGUUACUUCGCCAAAUGUAUUAAACUUGACACUUGUCGAUCUUCCAGGUCUUACGAAGGUUGCUGUAGAAGGACAAGCAGCCGACCUUCCACAACAAAUCAGAAACAUGGUUAUGAGCUACAUCACAAAAGAAAACGCGAUUAUUCUUGCCAUUACCCCAGCAAAUACAGAUCUUGCCAACUCAGAUUCACUUCUUAUUGCUCGUGAAGUAGAUCCAAAGGGUACACGUACAAUUGGCGUUAUUACAAAACUCGAUAUCAUGGACAAAGGAACGAAUGCCCGCGAUGUCCUCCUCAACAAAGUAUAUCCUCUCAACCUCGGCUACAUUGGUGUCGUUAACAGAUCUCAAAAAGAUAUCGACGAUGGCAAACCAAUGGAAAAGGUUAUCGAGAGCGAGCACCGCUUCUUCUUAACUACACCAGAGUAUCGUGACCUUGCCGAAACAUGCGGCUACAAGUACUUGGCUACUACAUUGAAUGGCAUUCUGAUGCGCCAUAUCAAAUCAAAACUUCCAUCGGUCCACAACGAAAUCAAUGAACUUCUCCGCCGUAAGGAACAUGAACUGAUCGGUUACGGUGAUGUAUUCGGCAACUCCAAGGAAGAAAAACAAUUAUUCCUUUACAAGAUGCUCGAAGGUUACUUAUCCAUCUACCAAGGCCUUCUUCUCGGUACAUCCGACGAUCUUCGUACGAACGGUCUCGACGGUGGCCAGUAUCUUAUGGAUUAUCUCAUUAAUGAUCUUCCGAAACGCCUCGACGAGAUCCCAUCGGCCAAGACCAUGCCACGCGAGAAAGUUAUCGCCAUGAUUGAAGCCAACUCCGGCCUCCAAAGAGCGUUAUUCUUCCCAGAAGCCACUUUCUACCGUCUUAUCAGAGAUUACAUCGAGAUGAUGCGCGCUCCAUCAACAGAAGCCGCCGAAAUCGUUCACCACAGAAUGAUGGAGCUUCAUACAAAAGUUAUUCUUCCAGAAUUAGACCGUUUCCCAAGAGUUAAGGCUCUUCUCAGCCAGUCCAUCGCUGAUAUAGCCAAGGAGACCCUCGAAGAAUGCCUUGUUUAUGUCAAUCAGAUUAUUGAUAUCCAAAGUUGCUACAUUAACUCCGAACACAAGUCAUUUAUGGAGAGAACACAAGCACAGUUACAGAGCGGAUCUCUUGAUAACAACGUUGACUUCCUUCUCGAACUUGUCGACAGAUACGUUGAUAUUUGCAAGAGAGAGAUCGCAGAUGUCAUUCCAAAGACUGUCCACAGAAUCCUCAUCAAGAAGUCUACAGAGGUCAUGCGCCAGGAGCUCUUUAAGAGACUUGUCACUGACCCAGAUUUGGCUGAAGACCCAGAUGUUGCCGCAAGAAGAGCCAAGUGCGUCGCACUCAUCAAGGCCCUCAAGGAGGCUUCAUCAAUCCUCAACGAGGUCCGUAUGGCUCAUGUCUAG